ACAUUUUUAAUCAUUAGAGACAAGUAUAGUCUUCUUUUGCACACACUUCCACUUCUCAUCCCAGCCCAGCUCUACCGGCUGAGACUGUACAGCUGGCUGAUCAAACUAGCUGGCCCACCAGCUCUACCCCCCGUCAACUCUCCUACGGCCGGACAGCAUCUUGGCAAAGUACUUAUCCUACCUCCUCUGAUCAAGCACACAUGGAUCACGCCAAGCUGAAAAGAAUGUUUGGCUACGCUUUUGACAGGAUAAAAGAAACAAGAUUUUCUGUGUAUCGUAUGGACAGUUUGUUCAAUGAGAAAGCACCGUUUUCGCGUGUGAAUUUAGAUAUUGAGCCAUACGGACACGAAGCGUAUGGAGACAAAGCAGAGUUGUUCCUACCCUUCAAUGACCUAUUCCAGGUUGACACAAGCCUAUUCGAAGAAUCACAUUUCGAACAUUUACGCUUCUUAAAGAAAUGUAAGAACCGUCAAUGGCCACCUAUUCCAAAGGCGACAUCUAAGGCCAAGUUGAUGAGUUGUAUAUGUUCUGAUAUUUUAGUACCUCUUUGCAAAAAGGAUGAGGUAUGCGUAGAAAAACGCUAUGAGUCUUAUCACUCUCGUGGGGUGAAGUUUGCGGCUAUGGGAAUGGGGGCUUUCGAUACUUGGCAUGGCACCCCUGACGCACGUGUUAGGGGGGCCUCUAUUAUUCUGGAAUCGGACUCUGACGGAUCGGACUCUGACGGAUCGGACUCUGACGGAUUGGACUCUGACGGAUCGGACCUAGGCGUUUGUCAAACUAGCUACCUUGUUAGGGAGUCCCCUGUGCUAUCAGAUGACAGUAGUGAAUACCAUAGUGAUAGUUCUGGAACGGGAACGGUAAUUGAAACGAAAAAAAGAAUGAAUCAUCUGUCGCAAUCGAUUGCCACAUGUACAGUCUCAUCAUUUAUAGAAAACAGUCUUCAUCCUGAACUGAAAUCAUGCGUACCAACAAUUCUGAUUGAUGAAACACAGUUCAGAGUAAUUAUGUAUGACUGUAAAACUGAUAAUCUCUUGAUAUCUGAAGCUCUAAAUUUAAGCACGAAAGGUCAUUUGUCGCAAUCUUCAAUGACAGCUCUAUGGGUUGUACUUAACCACAGGUCAUUUCUUCAACACCUACCAAAAAUAUGUUCCGAGUAUCCUUCAGGCAUCCAGAAUGUUCUGGAAAAAGCAGGUGCGCUUCAAAAGUUCAAGAAGCUUUGUACUAAAGAUCUUAACUGGCCGCGUAAAAAGACUAAUGAUGAAAAGAUAGAAGUAGAAGACCGUCCAAAGAGAAAGAGAAAGAAAAAAAGAAAAGCCCAGGAGUCUCCACCAAAAAAGAGGGGCAAGGACUCUAACACAACUUAAUGUUAUUCUAUGACAAUGGAUAGUGUUUUAUGAUGGCAAUUUUUGUUUAGUAUUGUAUAGACUGUUCUAUGAAAUGUAGCUGAUCUUCUCGUGAAGUUUUAUCAAGAGUAUAAUGAUAGCAGCUGUACA